AUGCCUUCUUUGUUGGAUCUGCCCCAAGAGCUUCGCGAAACUAUUAUCCAGCAUGUUCUCUGUGGCCACCGCAGGCCGCCCACAACACCCUCUAAAUCUGAUCGUGUCGAUUUCCAAGAUAUCGAGUACAAGGCAUGGCGCCAUGCCCUGUGCGGAAUCUACCACGAACGACGCAGCACGCACUGUCCUUCUAACUGUCUUUGGCUCCUCCUAACUUGCCGCCAACUAGCUGCCCAGACAAAGGCGGUCCUUAACCAUAUGGGAUCAGCAACAUACGUUCUCGACAUCUCUGUUUUAGACGACAUUAAUCUCUUCCCUACCUGGCUAUCAGUCCCGCAUAUCACAAACCGUGUAUCCACUCUCUACGUGGACGUACGUCUCUUUGGCCAUAUUAUCUCGAAAGAUAUAGCCCGUUACCAAGUUGGUGAUGGGGGCCGCCAUGGAAUUCAUUGGAGCUUUUACGCCUUACUUGAGCGGUUUCUCCGAUAUGGGCCUGUCGACGAAAAGAAAGAAAAGUGCGAAAGACCUACACCUAGCUCUAGGAGCCUAAACUUUGAAGAUCAUGACGUGACCGUUAAAGGACUUGUUCUUGACUUCAAGUCUGCGGAGCCCGAACUCUCCUUUCCUCCAGACGGAGUGACUUAUCGGAGAUGGCUAUCUUGGAACUCCGCCCGGGAUAGCUCCGGAAAGGGCAUUAAGCUCGAACAGUAUACCACGCGCCCAGAGUGGCUUGCGGAAUUCCUCCUAUCCGAAAUUCGUUCACUCCUUCGCAUGGGUUAUCAUACCGCUUUAUACGGGAAGAUCCUCUACGAGCGGAUCGGGACGAUUCGCAUACUUGUUGAUGGUGAUUUGAAGCACGAGGUCGAUCUCGCGGGUGAAUUGGCUAGCUUGCAGUUUACUAGCCCGCAGCAUACGUUUGGUCAUUUGGACUCUGAAGUGCGGCUAUGUUCAUUCAGGGAGUGGAAGAAACAGACGCUCGCCCGCCGGGAUCAGCUAGGGUUUCCAGUUAUUAGGCUAGGGGACCAGGAUUUAGUAUAA